GGUGCUUACUGUACAAAGUGCCUUGUGAGAGUUUGGGAUGCACAGGAUUGGUCUGUUUCUGUUAUCAUCAAACCGCUGAACGGUUCUCUCGCUCUUUCCUCGAGUCACUUGGUAGCCUGAGGCUCAUAUGUAUACGUAUUCAGCAUGAGAUCCACGCUGCUCCUCGUUCGUUACCUGGUUUUUGGUCUUUUUAUAAUCUGCAAUGCAGUCGUUUGCUCAGCGGCUGUCUGGAAUCGUAGCCUUGUACCGGCUGAGGGCCAAAUGAUGCAAAUUGAUAUUUAUUUGAUUUUCCUUGGCGCUCUUGGUAUCGUCUUCAUUUUUUCAAUCAUCUUCCUGGAGAUACUCUCUAGCAACCAUUUCACUGGCUUGGUAUGGUUUGAGUGCACGUGGAUAGUAUUAUUCUGGCUCUUGGAACUUGCUGGUGCCGCCGCCAUCACUGCAGUUUCGCCUGGUUGGUUCUGCGGAAGUGGAGGUUCAAGAAGCCUUUGCGUUUCUACACAAGUGUUACAGGCGUUUACUUGGAUAUGUACAAUCACCAUGCUGGCCUAUGUUUGCUUUUUGAUGCUGUCCAUAAUUUCGCACUACAAGACGGACCCUGAUGUGUGGCAUCUUUGUAUCCGAAAUCUCAAAUGGUCCCAAACGCGACAAUGUUUGAGGAGUAUGCCAAAUUCACCGGUCUCUUCGGGUUUCAAAACCAAGGCUCCCGUCACAUUCGCUGCUCCGUUACCUCGACGCCCGGUUCCAAAUGCGAUUUAUACCCACCGCGUCGGAUUAAGCUCCGAAUACGAGAUUGAGCUUUUCGGAGACCCGUGCUCACCGUCUGUAGAGACCUUUACUGCGUCACCAAUGGCGAUAAUGGUACCACCUGCUCUUCCGCCUCCUGCCCGAGUUCAUCACCCCCGAAGCUCUGAUGCCGCUGUCGUUGAGCCUGCGCCUUCCUUGUACCCCAUUUCCAUGCAAUCUCAUAUUUCAUCCCACCGAAAAACACCAUCACUGCCUGCGACACCGUCUCCUCUUGGCGAGUGGCCAAGAUCGAAUGCUCUAGAUCAAACUACCACCAGUCGCGCCAACAGAGUCUUCCCUCCUACUUCUUUCACUUUUCCUUCUAACACUCGUACGAGUUCUGAGGUAGCAUCCGCCGAGACGGCGCCUUCUUCAUCGUCUCAAAACUUACUUCCUCGCACGAGAAAGCCAUCGGGUCCGAGGAGCAGAUCAAGCUCGACAGAAUCGCAGCAUAAACCACCACCGCUGGAUUUGUCUUCUGUAAGCGCCUUCAAGGAGCCGAGAUGAUACAAUUACUUGAUGGACUGAAGGCAAGAGUCUUACGGACGCCGGCGUCUGUUUAGCUUGGCUCGUCUUUGACUUGUUCUUGUCGGUAUUUCUGCUAAAUCGGCCGCGCACCCUGAUUGAAAGCUAUGAUCUUGAUGUUGUGACGAGUAGACUAGCCUGGUGUUUUUACCUGACUGUAAUUUGUUACGAGUCGUGUAUCUUGGCUUUCAAGGACGAUGGGUUGGAUGAUAUCCAUGUUCCCCCUUAUUCUCAUUGUAUGGCCACUGCCAAGUUUUUGAAUCGUGAAUGUCUUUUACACUUGUUGUGUGUCAACCUGUUGUACAGAGCACCAUGCUUAUAUAUACGUAGAAGAUCACUUGAGCGCUUACUAUCGGUGGCCGAUGAGCUUGUACCGAGCAUGUAAGAAUCUACUUUAGAA